AUGGACGACACGCAGGCUGUUGUGAUCGACAACGGAUCCGGCACAAUGAAGGCCGGAGUCGCUGGAGAUAACGAGCCAAGUGCUGCGUUUCCCAGCAUUGUUGGUCGUCGUCGCCCCGGUGGUGAAGACAGGGGCACCUGGUGGGAUGCGAAGAAGGAUGCUUUCGUUGGGGAUGAAGCCGUGGCCAAGCGUGGAGAUUUGGCGCUGAAGUAUCCCAUCGAGCACGGUAUUGUGACGAACUGGGACGACAUGGAAAAGAUUUGGCACCACAUCUUCUACAAUGAGCUUCGUGUCACUCCAGAAGAGCGUCCAGUGCUUCUGACUGAACCUCCUAUGAAUCCCGAGGCGAAACGCGAAAGGAUGACGGUGGUUAUGUUUGAGACUUUCAACGUGCCGGCGGUGUAUGUCGCCAUUCAGGCCGUGCUCUCCUUAUAUGCCAGCGGUCAUACCACUGGUAUGGUUCUGGAAUCCGGUGAUGGUGUGACCCACGCUGUCCCCAUCCACGAGGGUUACGCUCUGCCGGACGCGACUCUCCGUUCGGAUCUUGCCGGACGUGAUUUGACUGAUUACCUGAUUUCGCUGUUAGGUGAGAGGGUUUACUCCUGCGCAUCUGCCAAGCGGGUGAUUGUGAGGGACAUCAAGGAGAGGCUCGCUUACGUUGCAAUUGACUUCGAACAGGAGAUGGCGACUGUAGACAGCUCGUCUACUUUGGAGCAGAGUUAUGAGCUUCCUGAUGGCCAGGUUAUUACCGUUGGUUCUGAGCGGUUUAGGUGCCCAGAAGCGCUCUUCAACCCGUCGCUGGCUGGAAAGGAAGGCUCGGGUGGUAUUCAUGAGCUGUGCUACAACAGCAUCAUGAAGUGUGACGAAGGUAUCAGGCGGGACCUGUGCAGCAACAUUGUUCUCAGCGGCGGCACCACUUUGAUCCCUGGAAUCGCUGCUCGCAUGACCAAGGAAGUGACUCAGCUGGCACCCACCAUGUACACUAAGGUGGUUGCUCCACCUGAGCGGAAGUACAGUGCGUGGAUUGGUGGAUCCAUGUAUGCGUCUCUGAGCACCUUCCAGCAGAUGUGUAUUACGAAGAGCGAGUUUGAGGAGCUGAUGAUUCUGCGGAUGCCACUAUUGCCGAUCAUCGUACGCCUGGCGAUAGCGCUACAGCUGGGACGGAUUCUGGACAUGCUAGCGCUGACGCGAGACUCGUUGACGGAGGCGGUGCUAGCGUGGGAUGCGGGUGACGUGGCACGCCGUCGAUUCCUCUCCAUCACACGGCAGAGGGCCGCCCAUUUCGCCCACUUCGAUGAUUCCUCCCGCCUCUCCUCCGCUCGCCGCACGGGCGCGGGCGAAACCUUUCCAGUCGCCGGCGCUUCCGCCCCCUCCGCUUCCGCGCAGAGGCGGCAGAGGCGGCUGGAUGACCCCGCGCUGCUGCUGCUGGUGGGCGGCGUGGCGGCGGAGCUGGCUGUGGCGAGGGGGACCUGUACCGCGCGCUCUUGA